AAUCUCAUAUCAGUACUUGAAAACGCUUACGACCUAGCAGAACCUACUACGAGUCCUCUAGUCCACAUCAUCCGUCACGGACAAUCCCUCCAUAACAUUGAUCGCGGCUACCCCUACCGCGACCCACCCUUGACGAAUGCAGGGCACGAAGCCACUAAGCAAAUAAAGAUCUCGGCCGUCCCAGAUCUCAUCGUCAUCUCGCCCAUGACACGCACCAUCCAGACUGCCAUGAACGCCUUCCCGUCUAUUGGCUCAGCUCCAAAUGGGAUUGAAGUACAGAUCUGGCCCCGACCUGCGAGAAGCCCACGAUGCUAUUUGCAACAAGGGCAUCUCUCGGGCCGAUAUUUCGGUAAAGUUUCCACAUCUGAACUUCUCAGAAUGUCCAGAAGAAUGGAAUCAUCCACCACACACUAUAGAGGCUGUCACUAUACGUGCCGAGAAGGUUCGAGGACGCUUAAAAGAGCUCUCGAAGGUAUACAACAAUAUUGUCCUCAUCACACAUAGAGGGUUCAUUGCAUUCCUUGUUAAGGGAGAUCGAUAUGACGUCUGUGAAACGCGCUCGUAUCGAUUUGCCACAGAUGAGGAGACAGAAGCAGACUCCUUGAGGUUUGGAGUCAAUGUCGACACAAAGGCACAACAGGACUUUGGCCCGACGGAAAGGAGGAUUGACAACUAUGCACCCAAACUUCCCAGGAGGGUGUACGGAGUUUCCAUGCAACAGGAAUUUGUCCAUGAAAAGGAUGGCUGCGAGAAGACGUACCCAGAACUGCUUAGUGACAUUAUACAUACACGCAACCUCGUCCGCGGACAUUUACCAGGAUUCGAUCAACAAGGUCUCCUGCGUGGCCAUCAUGUGUACAUUGCUGUAGUUUCAUGUAGCGUCUACGAGUUUAUGAUUGCUUUCUUCGCAGUCUGUGCGAUCGGUGGUGUCAACGUUAUCUUGCAUGAGUGCGCCGCCUAG